AGCCAAGGGGCUGAGACGGCUGGUGCGAGCGAGACGGCUGACGAGAGCGAGACGGCUGACGAGAGUGAGACGGCUGACGAGAGUGAGACGGCUGAUGAGAAGUGCGACGGCUGAUGAGAGUGAGACGGCUGACGAGAGUGAGACGGCUGCACAGGUAGACAUGGUCGGUGAGGGAGAAACAGCCGAAGGCAGCGAUACACUCCAAGGGGCAAUACACUCCAAGGGGCGAUACACUCCAAGGGGCGAUACACUCCAAGGGGCAAUACACUCCAAGGGGCAAUACACUCCAAGGGGCAAUACACUCCAAGGGGCGAGAUGCUCAAAGAGGGUGAGACCGCGACCGAGAGCGAAGCAGCGCCGCGUCAAGCCAGCACAGGGGAGGAUAGCUGCGACGGCACCGUCGAGAGCGCUCACCUCGACACGCCCCUCCACACGCCCCUCCACACCAUCCACAACGCCAUCUACAACAUUCCGCACACUCAACGCUUAGCAGCACCCAGGAUCCGCACCCGCCGGUGUCGCCGGCGCGAAACUGGGUCGCGAGAUGGGUGGCUUCGACACUCCAAUCCGAGACGCUGAAG